AUGCUUGUGAACAGGACUCUGGAGUACAAGAAGCUUACAAAGAGGAAAGACAUUAAGUUUAGCCCGCUCUCCACAUCGGGCCUUAGAGAAUCCCUAGAUGAGGUGAGGCAAAGUAUUUCGAAGUUGAGUAUUAUCCAAGAAAAGCAUUGCAUGCCGUCAUUUUCUCCAAGAAAGAAGAAAAAGGAUGAGAUUGACGAGGUGAAGAGGCACAUAGCAGACCGGAUUCAUUGCGCAGAAAGGAGCAUUGAGGAAAUCACGAAGAUCUCCAGCUCAAAGGUUCUUAUGGGCUGCAUGCAUGACUAUUUUGUUGGACAGCUGAAAGCAAUAAUCCAUGAUUACAGAAGCCUACAGCAGAAGUUCCUGAAGGAUAUAGAUUUGUGUGAGGAGAUAGACCAUGAAGAUGAGAACAAUGAUGGGGGAAGUAUGCUGCUUCUUGAAAAUGUGAAGGACUUAAGAAAGUCUAUUUACGAUCUCACCUCUGUCCUUUUGGACAUGAAGAUGGCUGUUGGGCAACAAUCACUUCAAAUAGACAGACUAGACUUUUAUCUUGAUUCGAUAAACUUUUAUCUUGAGGGGGCCAACAACGAAUUGGGAAAGAUACCUUCCUCCCACCGGAGGAUAAAGAACAAGGCAAUAUACUUCAUGCUUCUUCUCUCCAUUGUGCUUAUUCUUAUGUCCAUGCUAAAGAUGAUGAGAGGGAGACAAAAAGUCUUAUGA